AUUGCAAACUAGCUUCAUCCUCUUCUGUGUUUUCUGUGCUGGUUUUUCACCCCAAGGGGCCCCCGAUCUCCUGGAGAUGGCACACCUGCCUUCCAGAAGCCAUAGCAACUUUCCCCAAAGACGGACCACCCUGUUUCCAGAGGUAGCCAGGUGUAGAGUCACGCUGACACUGGAGGCCGAGUCAUGGGAGACUGGUUCACAUCCAGCAACAACAGCAGAGGAGCCAAGCCUCCCAGCAGAACAACUCUGCACGUCUGGAUCCUGUGUAAUAAAAAAUGAGUCUUGCAACGGAAAGAUAACCACAGCCUCUCCUUCAUCUGAAAAACAACAAAAACUCUCAGCUUUAUUAAAGAGAUUAAGGAUUCACCCAGAGGCCCAAAGAAUUCUGGGUACUUCCUGCAUACCUGUAGUGAGCUUGGAGCGACUGAACCUGCAGUCUGUGUCCUUAUCAUGUCUGCAGCCAGUGGUGUCUCUGGUGCGACUGCCAUGCCAAACACGAGCAAAGAUCCACAACGACGUCUCCUGCUUGAGACAUCCUCCGCAGACUGGAUUCAGUGAAAAUGAGGACGACAGUUUGGAUAUAACUGAAGCUUCUCUUCAGUCUAAACCUGCAGAAUCGUCAGAUUUCAGCCGACCAGAAUCAUCCUCCUGGACUGAACCGUACUGUCCCGACAGCUCCCCCUCUGAAGGACCAGAGCAGGACUCGGGCUUUGACUGCGAAUCUAACCCGGAUCAGCCGUACAUCCUGUUUGAGUCUGCGUCGGAGGAAUGGGAUCUAGAUGUAAACAUUGACUCAGAGACGUUUUAUCUGGACCCAGAUCCAGAGCAGACGUUGGUGAUAGAACUGGAUCCAGAGCCAGAAAUGGAUCAGGAUCAGUCCCUUGAGCUGGAGGACGAACCUGAAACAAACUGUGAAGUAGAUGAAGUACAAAUGGAAAUCAGUGACGAUCAAACACCUGAUCAGUGCUGCUCUCAGGGGGGCGGAGACUCAUGUAUCCAGCAGCCUGGACCUGGAUCAGGGCCUGAGGAGAUGGAGAGUGACGACUUCUGUGCUGUUUGUCUGAAUGGAGGAGAUCUGCUCUGCUGUGACCACUGCCCUAAAGUUUACCACCUGGCCUGUCACAUUCCCCCUCUCAUCAGCUUCCCUCUAGGCGACUGGGUGUGCUCGCUCUGCAGAACGGACCAGGACCCCGAGGUAACGUACGACUGUGAGGACACACACUCCUGUGGUGGAGUCAGAGCUCCGUACACACUGUCAAACCAGGAUCAGAGGAGGUGUGUGAAGCUGACUCUGCUGUUGUAUUGCCACACACUCAGCGCUCCGUUCCAUGAACCUGUCAGCCCUCUGGCCAGAAACUACUACCAGAUCAUAAAGAGGCCCAUCGACCUGUCGGUGAUCCGCAGGAAACUGGACAAGAGCAACACGCUGCACUACUUCACCCCUGAGCAGUUUGUCGAUGACGUCCUGCUGAUGUUCAAGAACUGCUCCACCUUCAACUACCCAGACUCCGAGGUGGCUCAGGCCGGUCGAAACCUGGAGCUGUUUUUCUUGAGCAAGCUGAGGGAGAUUUUUCCCGAUCAAACGUUUCUGUCGGCCUGCCGGGACAGAACGGACGGAGCUCGCCUUCAGUGGCUCAGGAGGAGGAGGAAGGAAAACUACAAGAGUCACGUGUCAAGCGGGAAGAAAUAUUUACUGUGACUUAUCUAUUCUCACUACAUGCAGGGUUGCUUUUUUUUCUUACCUUAAAACAUUUUUAAAAAAAGAACAUUUGAAGUUGAAGUACAACGACCAGAAUUUACAAAUGAUCACGGGAACUAAAGUAAAUCGAAUGUAUGGAUUCAUGUCCACUUGGGGCUUCAGUAUAAUCCCAACCUUCCCAACCAUGUAAUGUUGUGGAAACUAUAACUAAACAUAAAAACAAAUCAGAUUCAUCUGGUUACUAAAGUUCUGACUUACUUUCAGCUUAAUGACGGAAAAAAUGUCUUUGAAAUAAUGUGAGAAAUAUUAUCAGUAAAUAGCAACAGAGUGGAUUUUUUAAAUCUUUAUGUUACAUCAAAAUAAGCCGACUAAGAGGUUAACUUCAUCUUAAAGGGAUUUGACGUCAAGUUUUUGUCUAAAAAGGCUUUACGGUCUCAACUGGUCAUGAGCCACUCCAGGCUGUCACUGUGGCAGUACUUUACUCUUCCACCAGGGGGCGAGCUUUCAUCUAAGCCUUUAUAUGGGAGCCAUAUCUUCUAAACAUGCUGUCAAAGGUUAACGAAUAUUUAAGGACGGAAAAUAUAAAUGGCUUAAUAAGCAGAAAUAUGUCACUCAAACAUAAAAAGUUAGAUCAACUUUUUACCUUUGAUAAAAAACUGAGCAAAUAUUCUUUUUGUACUAUAUUAAAUCUGCUCUGUGGAUUCAUCCAUCA